AGUGCUUCAAUCACGUUACCGCUGCGUCAUCUUACCGCGAUACAUCUUUGUCAGUGCACAAAAUGGCAGCGUAUUGUCUCACCGCCGCCCGGCUUCAGCUUGCUUUAGGGCAUGGGGUGCGGCGGCUCCAUGUGUCAGCGGCCCUCUUCGUCAAGGCAAAGGUGGCCAUGAGCCGUUAUGAGCCCACCACUUGCGUCAACUAUCAGAAGCUGCGCAGCAACCUUGACAUCGUCCGUAAGCGACUGGACCGUCCGCUUACUCUGUCUGAGAAGAUUGUGUAUGGCCACCUGGAUGACCCAUCAGGGCAGGAGAUUGUACGGGGACGAACCUACCUCCGGCUGCGUCCUGACCGCGUCGCCAUGCAAGAUGCUACAGCUCAGAUGGCCAUGCUGCAGUUCAUCAGCAGUGGGCUUCCGCGUGUAGCUGUGCCCUCCACCAUUCAUUGUGACCAUCUGAUUGAGGCGCAGGUUGGGGGCACUCAGGAUCUGCAGCGGGCCAAGGAAGUGAAUCAAGAGGUCUAUAACUUCCUAGCUACUUCUGCAGCCAAAUAUGGAGUGGGCUUCUGGAAACCUGGCUCUGGAAUCAUCCAUCAGAUCAUCUUGGAGAACUAUGCCUACCCUGGGGUCAUGGUUAUUGGUACAGACUCGCACACACCCAAUGGAGGUGGACUUGGCGGCAUCUGCAUUGGAGUGGGUGGAGCUGACGCUGUUGACGUUAUGGCUGGCAUCCCCUGGGAGCUCAAAUGUCCCAAUGUGAUUGGUGUAAAGCUGACAGGUUCUCUCUCAGGCUGGACAUCUCCAAAGGAUGUCAUUCUGAAAGUUGCUGGGAUCCUAACGGUGAAGGGGGGGACAGGAGCCAUUGUGGAGUACCAUGGCCCUGGGGUGGAUUCAAUCUCCUGUACGGGUAUGGGCACCAUCUGCAACAUGGGGGCCGAGAUUGGGGCAACCACGUCAGUGUUUCCUUACAACCACCGCAUGAAGACCUACCUGGAAAAGACUGGCCGUGGCGAAAUUGCUACCCUGUCAGAGGAGAACAAAGACAUUUUGGUACCAGACCCCGGUUGCCACUACGAUCAGCUCAUUGAGAUCAACCUCAGUGAGCUAAAGCCCCACAUCAAUGGACCCUUCACCCCUGACCUGGCCCACCCAGUGGCGGAGAUUGGGGCAGUGGCUGAGAAAAGUGGCUGGCCCCUUGAGGUCAAAGUGGGUCUGAUUGGCAGCUGCACCAAUUCCAGUUAUGAGGACAUGGGACGAGCUGCCUCACUGGCCAAGCAGGCUCUGGACCAUGGGCUCAAGUGUAAGGCCCAGUUCACAGUUACACCUGGGUCAGAGCAGAUCCGUGCCACCAUCGAGAGGGACGGAUAUGCUAAAAUACUGAGGGAUGUAGGAGGAGUGGUUCUUGCCAAUGCUUGUGGACCCUGCAUUGGACAGUGGGACAGGCGUGAUGUAAAGAAGGGAGAGAAGAACACAAUCGUUACGUCCUUCAACAGGAACUUCACAGCUAGAAAUGACGCCAACCCAGCUACACACGCCUUUGUUACUUCCCCCGAGAUUGUCACAGCCCUGGCCAUUGCCGGCACUCUAAAGUUCAACCCUGAGACAGACUACCUGACAGCACCAAAUGGGGAGAAGUUCAAGUUGGUACCUCCUACAGGCGAUGAGCUGCCAACACGUGACUUUGACCCAGGCCAGGACACCUACCAGCAGCCGCCACCUGAUAGCAGCUCUGUGCACGUAGAUGUGAACCCCCAGAGCAACCGAUUGCAGCUGCUGGAGCCCUUCGAAAAGUGGGACGGGCGUGACCUGGAGGACAUGCAAGUCCUCAUCAAGGUGAAGGGCAAGUGCACCACUGAUCACAUCAGUGCUGCUGGCCCUUGGCUCAAGUUCCGUGGUCACCUAGACAACAUCUCCAACAACCUGCUAAUUGGUGCAGUCAACAUCGAGAAUGAUGCUGUCAAUAAAGUCCGCAACCAGCUGACUGGCGAGUACGGUGGAGUUCCUGAUAUUGCCCGUUACUACAAAAAGAAUGGUAUUCAGUGGGUGGUGGUUGGAGAUGAGAACUAUGGCGAAGGCUCCAGCAGGGAGCAUGCUGCCCUGGAGCCCCGGCAUCUUGGUGGAAGAGUCAUCAUUGUCAAGAGCUUCGCUAGGAUCCAUGAAACUAACCUAAAGAAGCAAGGCCUGCUACCCCUGACCUUCGCUGACCCUCACGAUUACGACAAAAUCCGCCCUGAUGACAAGAUUUCCAUCAUUGGUCUCAAAAAGUUUGCUCCUGGCAAGCCGCUGAAGGCAGUGCUCAAGCACAGUGACGGCAGCCAGGACACCAUCCAGCUGAACCACACUUUCAACGAGACGCAGAUUGAGUGGUUCCAGGCUGGCAGCGCCCUGAACAGGAUGAAGGAGCUCCAAUGAGUGGGAGGCAUUCAGGGAGGAGCUUAAGAGUCAGAGGAAGAACCACACAAGUAGGAAGAGUUGUAAGAAUAUGGAUCGUACAUUUGCAUACAUACAUACGUCAUAAAUAUCUGUAGGGAUUUCCACUGAUUACUGUAUAGACGGGAAUACACACUGACAUGAAUCCAAGGUGUAUAGAUUUGACAUACACACAGAAGACAGGUUAUUGUGCAAUCGUAAAGGUUAUAUUCAGUUGCUUUUUAAGUGGAGCAUAUGAUUUAAACAGAUGCAACACGCCAUAAGGAUGUGAAGGGAGGGCCCAGACAAGCAAGGAAUGGAUGUCUGACUAUUUCAGGCCAGCACUGGACCUUAUGUUCCACAUGUUCCUGUAGUGGUUCCCAGUGUGGUGUUGUGUCACACACGUGCGCUGUACUGUACGUUACCUCCCAGUUGUCAUUCCCCCGCCUCCGUCACAUCUGAUCCAGACUGAUAGCAGUGUGCUCUGCAUUCCUUCCGUUGUUUUCAGAAGUAACAGUAUCGCCCAACACACGUGACUAUAUAGGCAGUCAGGGUGAAGAUUUGUCUUUGUACAACAGCUCCUUCCCCCUUGGCCUUCCGUUGGUUUUCGAGUUUCUACUCCAAAUGGUUUCCAUUGCAAAUGUUAUUUAUUGACAUUUCUCUCUACCUCGAACUGUGGACAUUGUAUCAGUUAGUGUCGCAGUCCUUUGUAGAGGAAUCACUCCUUAUGGUUAAAUAUUUGAUCCCACAUCAGUUAAACCUUGUGCGGAUCAGCAUUAUUGCAUUAUCCAUUCUUCCACCGAAACAAGCUGUAAACAUUUAUCAAAUGCAAGGUUGUUUUAAACUCUUGUAUCUGUCCAUUAAUGCAUUUGAUCUGGUUAUUACCGCAGAGCCCGAGGAACUCUUGAGUUUCUUGCACUCCUUUGUGGUGAGGACUUUGCUGCUGUCUCAGCACACCUACAAUGUGCUUCCCUCUCUGUAACCUUUGUGCUCCAAAUUGCCCUCCCUUGGCAAGGAUUGACAUCACUUGAACGUCAAU